AUGUCUCACUUUAUUCGGACAUCCGUAGCGGCUGUUGGGCUGUGCGGAGCGGGAGCCAUAUUGUAUAGGUGUUGCUGGACACAUAGGCCAUCCCCUGAACACAAGAAAGAGCUUCUCCGUCUAUCCGCUGUGGCGCUUUCCAGUGAGGUGGUGGACACGGUUCUUUUUCGCGAUGGGGAAACUUUGAAGCUUCUUCGCCGAUUUGUGAAGGAUGUGGGCUUACAUCCAGACACGGUGGGGACUCUUAAAUCAUAUGUGAAGGAGGAAUUUACCACCAACAAGGAAACAGUCGGUGCACUGCGCAAGUUUGUUGUGGAGGAUAUUAUCUGCGACACGUGGGUUAGGGAUGAGCUCAUCAGCAUGUCGAAAGAAACUGGGAAAGAGAUUAUUCAGGAUCCGGCCAUAUACCCUGGACUUUCUAUGCAUUUGCUUGCCUCUGCAGCGCAAGAAGGAUUACAAACACCUGCCUUUAAGGAUGCUUUGCGAUGUGCAUUGAGAUCUGCUUUCUGGGUGGCGUUGGUGGGAUUUUCGCCGGAAUUCAUCUUCAAGGAAAUGAAAAAUAGAAAUCAUCAGUGA